ACUCAAACAGUAGUGAGAGUGGUAGCGCUGAUUGUUGCGUAGUAGGAUGUAGUAGUUUUUAAAUGCCUUUGCAUUGAUCGAAUUACAGAGAACGUAUCUAAACUAUUAUUUAUAUUGUAUAAUGGAUAUCGAUAAUCCAACUCCACAAGAUCUUCAAAGAAAAUUAUAUUUUUUAGUUGAACAGCUUCAACAUAUGGCUGGAGAACUUCCACCGAAAUAUCAAAUGAGACUUCCUUACGAAUUGUUGUCUGCCUUGGCAAAUUCUUUAUUAAAUGACACCAUUUUUGAGAUUGUCAAGGGUUUAAUGGAAAUACAACAUGUUACAGAAAAACAUUUGUUUCAGCAAAGAUUGCAACUCUUAAAUCAACAAAAAAUAGAAACUCAAGAAUCAUUGUCAAACAUAACAACGGAUGAGGAAAGAAUGGCAAUAAAAGCUGCACUUUAUAAAAAACACAAAGAUGAAUUAAAACAAAUAGAUAUGAAACUGGUAUUGCAAUUGGAUCAAAAGGUAUCAGAUCAACAAAGUAUAUUAGAAAAAGCUGGUGUACCUGGAUUUGAAGUAACCAAUAAUCCAAUUGAAAUUCAAGUACAAAUGAGGUUAUGUGAUUUUAUAAUAAGAUUAAGUAAAAUGGAAGUACCCAGAUAAUUUCAACUGUUUAAAUUAUUUUGUUUACCUUAAUUAAUAUUAAACUUCAAUUACAAAUAUAUUAUUUAAAUGACAUUAUAUUAAACAACAUUAUUAUGUAAAAAUAUUUCUUUUUUAUGUAUAAAAAGUUCAUAAAAAUAUUUAUUAUUUUUAUAUAUGAAACAAAAUGAGUAUUGUUUGCGUCACUAUUAUAAGUAGUAUAAAUUUAAUUUCAUUCUUAUUAACGAGAAUUUUUCUAUCACCUUGUAUAAGUAGGUGUAAAAGAAAAACAUGAAAAAAUUGUAAAAAAUUUAAAAUUCCCAAGAAUCCAUCCAUCGCAAAGAAUGCAUAGAGCUUUCAGGAUCAGACGCAGCAGGCCCCUCCAUUCCAUAAGCCAAUGGUGAAAAUAAAUAAAAGCUAUAAGUACGUAAUACAUAUUAAAUACAUAAGAAACAAUGUAUUAUAUAAAUUCGCUGUUAACCAUUUGAGUCCCAGGGGUCUUUGGAAUAAUCUCAUUGAAAACACCCAAGCAGGGUGAUAACAUUUGUCUCAAUUUAUAUUGAGAAGACCCAAACAACGUUAUUCUAUUCUGUUUUAUUAAUGCGAUUGGCAAGUAUCAGUAAAGUACAGCAAACCAACUACGGUAAAAUUCUAAAGCAUCAUCAGUGGUGCACAAUGGUCAAAUGUAUUGGAUCUUUUCGAUAUGAAAUCUGAGGAGUGCAAUUACGCUCCUU